GCUGCAAUGUGGUUUUCCUCUCAGGGAAGCGCUCAAGCCCUGUAUUUUCAGUCUGGCUUGCACAUGCUGUCAGAAGCUAGUGGGAGACAGUUUUCUUCUUAAUGCAGAAAAGAGGACAAGCUUUCACUGGUCUGUAGACUGAGUUACUGGGAGGGAGAAAAAAUGAAGAGUACUGCCAGGCCUUGGAGUGCAGUGUCAAAGCAAGGAAGCCAUGGGGUUGACAGAGGAAAGUCACUUUCCACCGCUUCAUCAGGGAUGAAGACAUCCAAGUCCUCGACUUCACUCGCCUUCGAAUCUCGGCUCAGCAAGCUGAAGAGGGCGUGCAGCGAUGAUAUGCUUACAAAACCGGGAGUGACAGCAGCUUCUGGAGUUUCUAGGCUGAAGAAGACCAUUACAACUGGAGCAAUUUCUGAGCUCGCGGAGAGUCGGCUGAAGCCCAGCACAGGAACAGUUUCAACUGCAAAGCGCACAGGGAUUCCAGCACCCCGAGAAAUAUCAUCCUCUGUCUCAAGGGAGAGAGCUGUACUGCGUGGCCAAGCCAAUGCGAGGAAAACUCAGCCCAGCCCCACCUCUUCUGCCACACCGACUCCUACCAAACAUGUGCGCCCCGCUAGCAAGUCCAAGCAAGAGAGUGAAACUGGUGACAAGGCUGUUUUGGAAUCUCAGGUUAAAGAACUCCUGGCAGAAGCAAAGACAAAAGAUUCUGAAAUAACCAAACUCCGUUGUGAACUGAAGAAAUGCAAAGAGAAAGGGUCACUUAACCCUGAAGGGAUGGGUGCUUCAGACCAAAAUGUAGAAACCUUGUCACCUGUUGACAUAGAUCCACUGAUACGGACCCUGCAGGAAAAAAACAGGACUUUUCAAAAAGAGCUUGCUAGCCUGGGAGAAGAAAAUCGUGUUUUGAAAGAGAAAUUGCUUUAUCUGGAGAACUCUCCUCUGUCAGACACAACAACAAGCAGUGGCGGUGACAGCAGCCUCCCUACCCCAACUACCCAAGAAUCCAGCUUUGGAAGCCCAUCAAAAAAUGUACUGAGAGGUGAAACAGUUGAGCACAGGCAGCGAGUGAAUGGAGGCACGCUGCGCAAUUCCGCCUCUUCCAGCAGCGAUGUAACUAAAGCUUCCUUGUCACCCGAUGCGUCUGAUUUUGAACAUAUAGCAGAUAUACCUUCCAGGCCAGCAUCCUCCAACAGCAACCACUUCAAAGGUUCCAAAUGCUCCACUACAGGAAGUUCUCCAAACAAUAUUAGCGACCUUUCUGUUGCAUCUCUUACGGAGAAAAUACAAAAAAUGGAGGAGAAUCACCACAGCACAGCAGAAGAAUUACAAGCCACUCUACAGGAGCUGUCUGAUCAGCAGCAAAUGGUGCAGGAACUGACGGCGGAAAAUGAGAAGCUGGUGGAAGAGAAAGCUCUCCUGGAGACUUCUUUUCGCCAACACAGAGACAGAGCAGAACAGCUGGGUCAAGAAAAUGAAAAGCUAAUGACUCUCCUCCAAGAGCGAUCCAAGAGUGAAGAAAGCAGAGCUCAGGAGGGAAAAGUCCUCGAACUGGAACAGAAGUGUGCAGAAGUUCUUGAAAAAGCACAAUUUGAAAGAGAGAAAUUGCUCAACAUUCAGCAACAAUUAACCAGCAGCCUACGAAGCUUGGAAAGGGAGCAUCAAGAUGCCCAGCAGGUGAUCAAAGGCCUGAGAGAUGAAAAUGAAAAGCUGCUUAAACUUCUAGAAGCGGAACAGCAGAGCAACAGCACAGUGACAAAAACUCUGGAGGACUGCAAAAUUGCAUUGGAAGGUCUGAAAAUUGAGAAUGGAUCUCUAAAAACCCAGCUGGAGAAUGAGAAACAAAAGGCUGCAGAAAUCAAUGCCAUGGGAUGCACUACUGACAACUCUGAGGUGCAAGAGCUGCUGAAAGUAGCCCAUGCAGAAAAGGAUCAGCUGGAAGCAUCUUGCACUGAGCUUAAGCAAGAUCUGCUGAAGGCAAACAGUGAACUGAAGCAUGUUCAGGGUCUGCUAUCUAAGGCUGAGAAUGAGUGUGGUCAGCUGAAGGAGGUGUGUGAGCGGCAGGCUGAGCAACUGAGCAGAACCAGCCAGAAGCUGCAGGAAAAAACAUCAGAGAAUGAAGCAGAUAUAAAGAACCUAAAGGAGACAAUUUUCGAGUUGGAGGACCAGGUGGAACAACAUCGUGCUAUCAAACUCCACAACAACCAGAUCAUCAGUGACUUAGAAAGUAAAACUAUGAAGCUGGAAGAGCAAAAACAAGAUAUAGAGAGGCAGCUGAAGGCUCUGACUAAGCAAAUGAAGGAGGAUACAGAAGAAUGGAAACGUUUUCAAGCUGAUCUACAGACAGCAGUGGUUGUAGCCAAUGACAUUAAGUGUGAAGCCCAGCAGGAGCUCCGUGUGGUAAAGAGAAAGCUUCAGGAGGAAGAGGAGAAGAGUGCCAGGCUGCAGAAGGAGCUCGAUGAAGUGAAGGGCAACAACAGGCUGACAGCUGAAGAGGUAGAAUCUAUAGAGGCAGAUACAGCCAACCGUUGGCAAGGAGUCUGCAUUAGCAGGGCAUCUCCCACACCAUCAGAAUCUGCAGCCACUGUGAAGUCGCUGAUAAAAUCAUUUGAUUUAGGAUGUUCAGGUAGCACUGGACAAAACAUCACAGUUCAAAAGGUCCCUAGGAGCCCUCUAAGUGGAAUUCCAGUGAGGACAGCCCCUGCAGCUGCUGUUUCCCCCAUGCAGAGACAUUCUGUUUAUAAUAACACAAAGCCAGCCAGCAAAGGUGUUGUCAAGCACACAGAUCUUUCAGACCUUCCACUUGCAGACCUUCUGAAGGGGAGAAACGAAGAGCUGAAACCGGACCAUUACCUCCGAAAAAGCCCCUCCCUGGAAUCCCUGAGCAAACCCCCUAAGGCCUUCAGCAGCAGAAUGCUUAACUCUACCCCCAGCAGCUUGAAACCCCAAAGCAAACUCAGUGUGGAGAGAAAGGACCCGCUGGCAGCCCUAGCCCGGGAGUACGGCGGUUCGAAGAGGAACGCUCUGUUGAAAUGGUGCCAAAAGAAGACUGAGGGCUACCAGAAUAUUGACAUUACCAACUUCAGCAGCAGCUGGAGUGAUGGGCUGGCCUUCUGUGCUCUGCUGCACACGUAUUUGCCUGCACAUAUUCCUUACCAAGAGCUCAACAGCCAGGAUAAAAAGAGAAAUCUGCUGUUAGCAUUUCAAGCUGCCGAAAGUGUGGGCAUCAAACCCAGCUUGGAACUCAGUGAGAUGAUGUACACAGACCGGCCAGACUGGCAGAGUGUGAUGCAGUACGUCGCCCAGAUUUACAAGUACUUUGAGACCUGAGAUGCAAAGCAAGAGGUGGACACAAGUGGGGAAGAGAACAAAGAAUGCCACAGAUGCACUCGAUCACUUUAAAAAUCCCCUUGCUCCUCUUCCACAACCAACCUAUGCUCUUAGUUUGAAAGAAAGCUCUUCCAUAGUUUUGAUUACAUCUGGGAUAAAACCAAAUAAAUAACCAUGUCCAUAUAUUCACACCAAAUUCAUCUGCAGUUUUGUUUCUGAAGAGGAUUCCUUGUGCUAUACAAUGUUUUCCACAAACUAAUCUCUACCGACCUGCCACAAAAUGAAGUUUUAAAUCAGUGUGGACUACGCUGGUACUCAAAGGAAGCUGGGAGAUUAAUUCUAAUACAAAAUCUCACAAAAAUGCUCUUCUUGCCCAAAUAUAUUUAACUCAUCCCAAAUAUGUUUUGUUUUCUUCCCUCUGUGUAUUUUAUGAGAUGCCAUGACAAAUGCAUGUGUGUCAAACUUUAACCUGAGUUAUUCUCACACAUCUGACCCAGUCAGUCUGCUAGUUUUUUUUUGCCGUAGCUUAUCCAGUAGGAUAACAACACCAUCAUUUGUAACUUGGAAACCAUGCUCUGUUCCACCACCAGUUCGUGAGAGAACUCUGGAAGAUACUGUUACUUGCUGGAACUCCAUUUCAGAUCAAACAGGUGUCAUUUCAGAGAAAAACAGCUUGAUUACAACAAUUUCAUUACUAUAGCUUGACUGUUAAAAGAAGAUGGAGCCUUGUUUCACAGCUGUCUAUACAGGCAUUGUUAGCAUAGGAAUAUUGCAGAUGCAAGUUACUAGCUUUAGUUUACGAGGUGCCAGGUGGUGACUCUCUAAGCAGUAUAUUGGCAUCUCAGUAGUUCGUGGUUUUGUGAACUGAGUAGAGCAACUUCUCUUUUCUGCACUGAUCUUUUAUAAUCAGCACAAAUAAGUAAAUUCUAUGUAGAAGCAUAAAUCUUGAGACAGUUUAUGCCCUUUGAGAUGAAAUGUAGUCCACAGGGCACUGUUAAAUGUUUAGAAGUUACAUUACCCUGUUAGAGGGCACAGUAAUGUAUUGGUAACAAUAGAAGUUCCAGUUUUACUCUGCAAAUUGCAGAAUGUUGCUGCGUUCCCCUCUUGGUUUCUUGGAUAUCUUUAAGGUGCCAGAGAAGAGCCUUUCAGCUAGCAAUACCAUCAACAAGAUGUCUGAAAUAUGCUGUUUAAUUUACUGUUUCUCUUAUUUCACCCCAUGAAGGUAAAUUUUAUGUCAUCUCCAAUGGUGAAAGGAUCAAACUCAAUAAGGGCUACUUAGUUUGUUCUAGGAGCAGGUCUUAGAGAAUGUGCUGUACAGGAUCUCAGGCUGCUGGCCGCUUUAGAUUAUGAUGCUGCAAGAAAAGAGUUGUUUAGUUAGUGUGUUUAACCCUGUGACACAGACCUGAUGCUUCAGGAAUGUUAACCAUAGGCAGUUAGGGAUCAUUUUUCUCUUACAAAAGUUAAUAGUGUACGCUUGCUGCUCUUAGCACUUGAAAAGAGCUCGUGAAAUGGAAAUAGAUGAUUUCACUGAAGAAACAUAAUUUUUCUGGGGUACUGCAGGUGCCUGAUCUCAGCCUCUGGCUUCCCCAUAGUACUUAAUUGUGUUUGUUUAUUUGUCUCUUUUUUUUUUUAAUUAGUAAACAAGCUAUUUCAAACUUUGGUUUUCUCACAGCAGCAGCAAGAUUUAGGGGAUAGAUGACAGCAGCCAAGGUCAGUGAGUGCCCUGAACAGAAAGGAAGCUGGAAGAAUACAGAAUAUGCCUGUUUCACAGGAGGAGGAAAGCAGCACUUGCUCUGAGUUCCAAUUUGACACUUACUCUAAUCCAUCACCCUCAGGAAAAUCUGGUUCUAAUCUUUUGAGUGUCUGUGUGAUAAAAAGUGGCCCAUGCUUGGAGUGCCCUUGAACUCUCUGGUGUCGUGCUAUACUGUGAGAAAGUGAUUGUAAAUGCUUGGGCAGAGUUCCUUCCUUGCAAGAGAGUGCUUUCUAGAUUAAAUUAAGUCUGCAGUAAUUUUCAGCAUACACUCUGACAUCCCUAGAGAGCAGGGGAUGCAUUGCUCUAAAUGUUCUCAAAUAUAAGUUUCCUGUCAUAUGGUAAGAUGGAAGAGAAAAAUAGUUGCUAAGCAGAUUUUGUUUAGGAAGGGAGCCACGCUGCACAACUCCUUUGCCUUCUGGAUGCAGCAGGCUUUUUUCCCUUGAGGUAUCCAUUGGCAGAGAUCCCAACUCACCAACAGCCUGUAGUUCAAAGCAUAGUGAAGUCAACACAGAAAAUUCCAUAUUCCUCAGUGGGCUUUGGAUCAGGCACUUGGAGAGAUGACAAAAACUGUUUUCAUUCCCAGAGUCUGGAAAACAUUCUGAAGUCAGAGGGCUCCACAUGAUCCAGAAAAGAAAGAUCAUCUUAACCCUCUGAUCACUGGGAGUGCAUGUGUUCUCUGUGGCUGUCCAGAUGUAAGCUACAUACGUAUGUUAUCUAAUAUGUCAGUUCCAUUUGCUUCAAGCACAGUUUUGACACUUAUUCUAAUCUGUUUCCCAAAGACUCACUAGCUUUACAAAGCAUUCUGCUGCUUGAUCUGAUGGCUUUCAGUUUUUAACUCAAUUUUAUAAAGCACUGUUUCUGUCUCUUUGCAGCCCAUUUUCUCAUUCCUCCCAAAACAGCUCGGUCCAAACUCGAAUUCUACGCAGUAAUGGUAUAUUCAUGAGAACACGUUCCCUUACUUGGGAGUUGGAACAAGGAGUUGUCUGUAGAGAACAAGAUAUCAUUUUUUACCAUUUGCUCUGUGUUACUUUCCAGCCUUCAAACCUGCAAAGCAUCUCAUUUUGAAGUGAUGACAAUUGGAGAUUGAGCUGCUCUUCCGAGUUAUUUUCUGAGAUGAACAAUUGGGUUUAUGGGUUCGUUUAAGCUGCUACAUUGUUGUGUUUGGUUGUUUUUUCCUUUGGAACGUUGCACCGCAUCUGACCCAGAUCUUCAGAAAAGGCUAUUGCUUUUUGAGGCUGCCUAAGAGUUUGAAUAUAAAUUUACGUUUGUCCCAUAUAAGGUGCUGCAGAAAAUACGUAGUGUCUGUGAGUUCUUUUAAGGCAUCUCAAAUUGGAAUUUGAAAAAUUAAAGUUCCAGCUGCCAUUAAUGUUACAGGACUUAUUAAGAUAAGCUACACUGUAUAGGAAUAUUCUUGCUAAAUUGGAACACACGGUGCUGUGAUGUGGAUGGUAUCAGCAACAGCUUGCUUAAGCUACCAAAAUCCUUUUUGACUUUGCCUCUUAGGAGUGAUAGAUUUUUUCCCUGAUGCAGGCAGGUGGAAUUGCUUUAGCAUGUGCUCCUUAAAUGUACAGUAGCUCUAGAACACAACUGCAUUUAUUUGUGUCCUGGGGUAGCCUGUCAGACUCCAAGAAAUCAUAAAGCUGAUCUUGGUUGAGCACGUGAGAAAAAUGUUAAGGAUGGGGAUUUCAGUGGGGUUCAAGGAGGGAUAUUGUGUUGUGUGAUUGUUUCACUACAGCUGCUAGAGGAAAGGGAAUUAAAUGUGUAGAAAGUGAUCUGACUUCCAGAAUUUAUGGUGAUUUAUAGAAGGUACAGAGUAUAUCAUGAUUUGGGAAGGUACAGGGGAGUUGAGAAGAGAGUCAAGAGUCAGCUUUCUAAGAAGGUUUUCUAGAAGGGCUGAUGAACUGUUUCUGAAAGUAUGCAAUGAAACUGCCUGGAGUGAAAGUCCAGUAUGUGAGGAGAGGGAACAAGAUGGAAAAUUAAUACCUGUGCCUGUAUGGACAGCAAAGGAUGUGGAUGUCUGUAGGAUUUCAGCUUGAGAGUCCUGACUGACUGCCAUCUGGAGUGACGUUUCUCCUAAGAGCACAGCCUGGGAUGGUCCUCGGAAGAUGAAGAGGGAAGAGAACCCAGAGCUCACUGCAUUGGCCAGGUUUUCCUUCCUGUGACUGUGAUAUUCAUGGGAAUGUCCGAGAGCCAAAGAUUCACUGUUUUUCUUGUGCUGCAGUAAGGCAGCCACAUUAAGCAGACUCAUUUUUGACUUAAGCAGCUUCUCCAGUUUCCAUUCAGUGAGACACAUUCUGCUGCUUGAGUUUUGGCAGGUUUCUUUUCUUUUUCUUUUUUUGUUUUCUUUUUUUUCAGGCUUUCUGUAUGAUUUUUCUUGUUCUGUAUGUGCAACCAGUAUUUGUGAGUUUUCUGUCCAAACCAAAUAGGUGCAUGCUGACAGAAGGACUGAUUCUGCCCUAUUUGAUUCCUGACCCAGAGCUCUUCAAAGUCCAGCUUUUGGCUUCGCUGCCUUAACUCUCACUUCCUUGGCAAUGACAGUAAGAGUGCAUUGGCUCAUCUGGCUGUAGGUUGUUUGCACCUCCCUCAUCUUUCUUUGCUUAUGGCUUCCAUCUGCAAGUAUCUGACAGGUCCAGCUGUCUGCAAAGCUGCACCUUGUCUAUCUGAUGACAUGCAGAGUCCGUAUGGGAUGAGAUUAUGCAUUUUCCUGUCAGAAGAGGGCUUUUGCCUAAGAAGACUCAGGGCACUGAGCAUUAAGACAUAUUUUUAAACCCAGCAAUAACUUCUACUAUGCUAGACUCCGUUGUUUUUUAUCAACUCCAGUGCCAUUUAGACUCACCCACAAAUGCUGUGUAGGAACAAGUUUAUAACUUAACUACAGUUAACAUUUUUCACAACUGAUGGUCUCAACAUUUUUAACUUGCACGUGUGCCAAGUUCCAUUGGGUGGUGCUGGACACAAUAUUUUUAUUGAUUAUUGGUCCAGACUUGAGUUUCUCAUGUGGCAUAAUCAUCUCUAACAGUCAAGUACUUUUAGCUUUCUCUAUUGGAUACAGAUGUUACAUCGUGAUCUAAUUUAUACAAAGAGCACAUUAGAAUGUAUAUACAAGGCAUUGCCAGAUUCGGACAUGCUAAUAUUUAAAGAUUAACAUUAUUGAAAUGUAUGAUGCAAAAAAAAAUGUAAUAUUUCUAAUAAAUCUUUCUCUGUUUCUGA